AUGCCGGAGGUGUCGUCUAAAGGUGCUACCAUUUCCAAGAAGGGCUUUAAGAAAGCUGUCGUUAAGACUCAGAAGAAGGAGGGCAAAAAGCGCAAGAGGACCCGUAAGGAGAGUUAUUCUAUUUACAUUUACAAGGUGCUAAAGCAGGUCCAUCCGGACACUGGGAUCUCUUCGAAAGCCAUGAGCAUUAUGAAUUCCUUCGUCACUGAUAUCUUUGAGCGUAUAGCGAGCGAGGCAUCACGUUUGGCUCACUACAGCAAGCGCUCCACCAUCUCUUCCAGAGAGAUUCAGACAGCAGUGCGCUUGCUACUGCCGGGAGAGCUGGCUAAACAUGCUGUGUCUGAGGGCACCAAGGCUGUCACUAAGUACACCAGCUCCAAAUAAGCCUGCUAAGUAAACGUCAUUUCUAACCCAAAGGCUCUUUUCAGAGCCACUUAAACAUACUGAAACAGCUGUGGGCUUCGUUUUUGUGUAGUUUCUAACCGUAAGGGUUUUUUUUUUUUUUUUUUUUUUCAGGCGGAGUCUCACUCUCCCAGGCUGGAGUGCAGUGGCGGAAUCUCGGCUCACUGUAAGCUCUGCCUCCUGAGUUCACGCCAUUCUCCUGCCUCAGCCUCCUGAGUAGCUGGGACUACAGGCGCCCACCACUACAGCCGGCUAAUUUUUGUAUUUUUAGUAGACACGGGGUUUCACCUCAUUCACCUACAGAAAACCACGGGGUGGGUGUGAACUGAUCAUCUACCUUCAUAUAUAUCUGGCAUUUUAAAAAGUUAAAUAUAGUUUUGGGUAUUUUGUUUUUGUUGUUACUGUAAAUUAGGUAUUUCCUAUUCAUUAUUUUUUAACUUUUUUUGUUAUAUAUGUAAGACUGCUUUCCGUGCAUUUUUUUAAAAUAUCCUUCUAGUACCUCACUGAAUUGACUUAUUUUCCUAUUGGUUUCUUGAUAGAUUUUCUUGAGUUUUACAUGUUUGCAAUAUAGGUUGAGCAUCCGUAAUCCAAAAAGCUCCAACAUUCAAAACUUUUAUUGUACUAUUGAUUUCUUUGCAAGUCUAGCUGAUCCUAUACACAGCUUAAUAUAAAUUUCUAAGUGCAUGCAAUAAAAUACUUAAUACUAUUAAUAAAACAAUACCAAAUUGAGUUUUCAAAAUAUUUUUUAAAAUGUGUGAUAUAGUAAUAUUUGUGCUUCAAAUAAGAUUGAAAAUGGUAAUAUUUUAGUGCAUACAUUGUGGAAAACAGUAUAGAAUUUCCUCAAAAAAUUAGAAAUAGAACUACCAUAUAAUCCAACAAUCCUACUACUGGGUAUAUAUUGAAAGGAAAUAAAAUCAGUUUCUCAAAGAGAUAUCUGUACUCCCAUGUUCAUUGCAGAAUUAUUCUCAAUAGACAAGAUAUAGAAAGAACAUAAAGGUCCUUCAGGAGAUGAAUGGCUAAAGAAAAUGUGGCAUACAUACAUAAUAGAAUACUAUUUGGCCUCAAAAAAGAAAAAGAAUUCUGUCAUUGGCAGCAACAUGGAUGAACCUGGAGGAUGUUAAGUGAAAUGAGCGAGGCACAGAAAGAGAAAUGCUGUAUGAUCUCAUAAGUGGAAUUAAAAAAAAAGUUGAACUCAUAUAAGUAGCAGAGUGGUGGUUACCAGUGGCUAGAGUUGGGGAGUGGUGGGAAGAUAUUGGUUAAAGGAUAUGAAAUUUCACUUAGGAGGAAUAAGCUGAAGAGCUCUAUUGUACACUGUGCUGAUUAUAGUUGGUAACAAUAUGUUGUAUCGAAAAUUGCAAAGAGUAGAGUUUAAGUGUUUUCAUAAAAAAUAUGUGGGGUAAUGCAUAUGUUAAUUAGAUUGCCAUUCCGCGAUGUAUACAUAUUUCAAAACAUCAUGUUGUACACAGUAAAUACACAAUUUUUGUCAAUUUAAAAAAUGAAAAUAGUUGGGUGGAGAGUGGUUUUUAGGGAGGCAAGAUUAAGAGCAGUGAGAUUAAUUGGAAACUAAUUCAGGUGUGAGAUCAUGAGUAUGCAGACAAAAAUGUUAGCGGUGGAGAUGGUGUAUAAUCAGACAACAGAAAUAUGUAGGAAGUAAAAUUACCAUAUCUUGAGAGAUUGAAGUGGAUGGAGGUUGAACAGAGACUAUUAGGGAAAAAAUACAUUUCUGGCUUGGACAACCAUGUGAAUAGGGUGGUACUCAUGGAUAUAGAGAAUGCAGAAGUUCAGGAACAGUUCUGUUGGGAUCAACUGGAAAUCCCUGUGGAGAUAAUUCUUAAGCGGCUAAGCAACAUAAGAACUGUGAUAUUGAGUAAGCAGUUUACUGGAGUUCACAGAGAUGCAGAAACCUUGGGUUUGGACCUCAAAAUCCAGCAGUUCAAGGGGAGUCAGCCUGAUCACUUUUCAUAAUGUGCAAGAAAAGGAGCGUAAAAAGCAAAAGAGAUGCUGCAAAGAGAGCUAUUCUAUUUACAUCUACAAGGUGCUGGAGCAGGUCCACCCGGACUUGGAGAAUGUUUUGCACACAUUAUGGCCAAAGUCAAGAAAAAGCAAACAGCCUAAUGCUCAGUGCCAGACUUCCCUAAGUGGGGAGCUCCAGGCCUUUUUUGCUGUCAUCGUAGAGGGUUUGUAGUAGAAAACGUCGUAGACAAAAAAGCCGUAUUUCCCCAUGGCACUGUUCACAGAAAGAAUAUCCCCAUGAACCCAGGAUUAUGGGAGCUCCCAUUUAAUUGCCUCGGCUGUGAGAUUUUACCUUUCACCAAUACUGGGGCAGAUACAGUUGAUUAAUGCAAAGUUUAGACUUAAAGAUAACCAUGUUAUGCCUAGUCUAGGAAAAAAUUAUCAGUCUGGCAAUGAGGCAUACUUUACAAUAAAAUAAACAUUCUACAGCCGCAUUAGAAACUGUCAUUGGUUCUUAAAAGAGCCUUUGGU